UCUUAAGGAAGAUCCCGACUUGAGCAGAGAUGGACCUCCGAAUGUACUGGAUCAGCAAAACUGCGAUUCCGGAAAUCAUUAUUAUGAUCUUCUACAUCACAGCUGGAUGGACAGAGAACUGCACCACCCAUCAAGAUCUAGAUGAUGUCCCUGACCCUGAAGAUUGGACCAGGAAUGGAUAUUUGGGCAAUGCAGGUCUGAAUAUCACAUAUAAGAAGACUAAGGUAUACACAGUUUUAAAGAUUGAUGGUCAGAUUAGAAGAGAUUGGGGAAAUUCACGACAAAUACCGUCUUUUGAAAUAAGAGAGAACAGCUUGGUUGAUAUAGCAUGUAAAUUUGAUAUGGCACAAGUGUAUUUAACCACUGUAAUGAUGGUUGGCAUUUAUGUAUACAAUUUAGAAGAGCCACAACAAUGUAUAUUCUCGGCAGUAUGUACACUUCACCAAGAAUACUGUCAAGUAGAGGUUCAACCUAAAGUUAGUUCAAUGAUUAGGUGCAUAGGAGUUAUACAUGAUGCAAGGAAAAUGAUAAGAUCAUACCGACAAGUAGCCUUGAUUUUAGUCCCAAAGGAUAUAACCACCACACAUGGUAUGGAUAAAGCCCAAACGAUUAAAUCGAUUACUCUCUCUCCCCAACUUAUCCCCUUUCCAAAAGUGAAACGUUCAAAUACUAUUCUCAAUUAUAAUGCACCAAUAAUAUAUAAGAAAUAUGUAAUAUAUGGGGAAAAUAUAGCAUGCAAAAAAGAGAUAAAAACUUUCACUCAACCAUUUACCUUUAGGAGUAUGGUUACUUGUAACGCAUCUGAAAAGGCUGAAAACAUCACUAUAAAUAUAAAAUACAAUAGCACUGAAAAGGGGAAAUUUAUCAUAUGGGAAGUACCAACAGGUACUCGGAAGGCUACAUGUCAGCAACCUCAAUGUAGCUUUACUAUAGUAAAUAAAGGAGAAGCAGUUUAUAAGAUAGGUGCAUUAUUUAGUCUAGAAAGCCGUUCAGCAACAUUCUUAUUCCCCUUUGCGCUCCAUGUGCCUCGGAGAAAUAUAAUUACUCCAAGUCCAACCACCAUCCCUCUGUUUGAACCAGCUAACUGUGCUGUGAAAUACCAUAACCUUUCGUUCGCAGGCCCUUAUGUAGUGAGACAAUCCAAUGAGCAAAAAUUAUUUCUGGACCCCACAUAUUCUUUAAAGAAGGUACGGGUAAAGGUACAAGCUGAUAUAUCUCAGAUAAAAUCAGAAUGCUUACCUUUUGUUUCACAAAGUCUUAAAGGGUGGAAGGCAUGGUUACAUUCCAGAGCUCACCACUCAAGGAAACAGAGAGAUUUAACAGGAUGGUUUGGAUCUGGACUCGGAGUUUUAAACUCGAUUGAUCAGGAAGUAAUAAUUAAUAAACUGAGCACAGUCACCUCUGAUUUAGGAAGACUAGAGGUACCAUUAAGAUCAUCUUUAAUCACUCUGGCUGGAGCUAAGAAAAUGCUUUCCCACCCAGACAUUAAAAUGUUGCUAAAGAAGGUGAAGGAAGUUUCGAAACGAACAUUAUGGCAAGUCCAGCACAAUACUCUGGAAAUAAAGAAAAUCAUCACAGCCAUCAAGAAAACUGGUGAACACCAUUGGUGGGACAUUUUUCUAAAUACCUCACUAAAAUCUCCAACUGCUGCUCAGUUUUUCAACUUCUUAUUGCAUCCUGUACUAGUGUUGAUUUUUGUAGUCCUACUGCUGACACUUCUCAACAUUUGGUUGUGGUGGAAAGUACGGACUGUUGCUCAACAAGUACAUGUAUUAUGGGCUGUAAACAAAAUUAUGCAAAAGAAUUUGCAAUAGCAUAAAGAAAAGGGGGGAUUGAAUUAAAGAAUAAGGCCAGGAAUGGCUUGAGGGUUUGCUUAUCCAAGUAUGACUUAGCAAAUGUAGCCUGACUGACCACAAAGAGGGGCCUGCAACCCCUGCAGAGCUACGAUAAGUAACAAGACAGGAAGGCUGGCAUAUAGGCAACAAUCAUGAGGCCAGCACAAUGUUAUCUUAUCUCUGACAAAUGGAGAAUUCCAAGAAGGAGGUAGCGUAUGGUAAUGAAUUACUGGGAACUAAUGAAUAUAUUAAAACUCCUUACAUGAAUAUGUAUGUAUGUAUGCAUAUAUGUUGUCAAACUGACUCCGUUUGGUACGCACAUUUGGAGGAGCGAUCCCCUGUGCGUCCAGCGCUGCAAUAAAGAAUACCUG